AUGACAGCCGACCGGCCGCCCUCUCUUGCGCAGCUGCGAUGUCCCGCCCUGCCGCCACCUCAGCAGCAGCAGCAGCAGCAGCAAGCGGAAGGCCCUCCUUCUCAAAGACAGUGGCUUUAUACGGGCAGGGGCCGCCUCCGCAGGCUGCAUACACCCGAGUCAGCCCUGAAGGAAUGCCGAUGGGAGGCGGCAGCAAUAGCAGCAGGAGCGCAGCAGGCUACUGCUUCUGCUGAUGCUGCCGCUGCAGAUGCUGCUGCUCUCUGGGGCCGCCUAACACACCGCAGCACGGUUUGUGUUGAAUGCGAAGACGCCGUGCAAACCCUGCAGCAGAUCGUAGGGAGCAGCUGCUGCUGCGCUGAGUGCAGCACCAGCAGCUCCAGCAGCAACAGCAGCAGCGUCUGGGCUUCGCCUUUCAAUUCUCCUGGCCUGGGGCCUCAGGCACCUGGGCGGGAGGCAGCAGCAGUAGUAGCAGCAGCAGCAGCUGCUGCUGCUGCUGCUGCUGCCGUGGGACCUCCGUCGGUUGAAGAACCGCUGCCUGGGCCUCAGAGCUCAGCACCGGUAGACGCAGCAGCAGCAGCAGCAGCAGCUGGGGAGGCCCCGACAGGGCAGCGUCAGCAGCUGCAGCAGCAGCAGUCUUGCAGCAAUCCGCUACAGUCUAUGCGUUGCAACCUGCAGCGGCUGCUGCGAGAAGGCGUGCCAGCGCAGCUGCUGCUCCUGCGGUUUUCAAACGAGUUGGGCUCUGAGGCGCUGCAGCCUUCUGCUGCUGCUGCUGCUGCUGAGGAGGCGCCCCGCGGUGUCAGUGAUGCAGCAGCCCCCGCAGCAGCAGCCGUUGAACCGAACAGGUGCAGGGCACCUGCUAGUCAGAGCAGCAGCAGUAGUAGCAGCAGCACGCUGCUGCUGCUCCAGGCUAGAAGGACUUCCUCCGACGAGAUUCAGCCCGUUGCCGUGCUGCCGCUCAGUGUACGUGCACCAGCAGCAGCAGCAGAGCACUGUAGCUGCAGCUGCGACAGUUGCAGCGCCAGGCGCGUUUUUUUAACUGACAAGAGGGCUGUUGAAUUGAGCAGCAGCGAUGCGGGGGGUAGCAGCAGCAGCAACUGCAGCAGCUGCAGCAGCAGCGGCGGCAGCAGCAGCGGCGGCGGCAGCAGCAGCUGCUGCUGCGCCUCCUGGACUGUGGCGAGCCCCUGCGGUACUGUUUUUGCGCUUAUAGAUUGCAGCGGCUGCUGCAGGGAGGUGUUGUGCUGUUUGCUGCUGCUACCAAUUGUAGAGUAUCGUAUGCGCUGCCACGCAGACCCGGAGGAAGCAGCAGCAGCAGCAGCAACAGCAGCAGCAGCAGCAGGUCCUGCUCCGGAGUUCAGCUGUACAGACACGACUGCGGUGGCGGCAAGACCUAGAAGCUAUAGCGCCGUUACGGCUCCUGCUUCGGGGACAUCUGCUGCUGCAGCUGCUGCUGAGGGUGUUGCUGCUGCUGCUGCAGAGGAUGCUGUUGCUGCCCUAUGUGCAGCAAGAGUGGCUCCAAGCCUGAAGGUGUUUUUGGGGUUGGUGGUGGGGGCGCUGCACGAGUACUUUUACAGAACAACGCUAAGAAGCGAUGCAGCAGCUGCUGCUGUUGCUGUUGCUGCCCAGCAGCAGCAACAGCAGCAGCAGCAGCAGGCCCCAGCUGCUGUCUUGGCCGAUGCCAUGCUGGCGUGGGAGUGUCAGCGAGUGCUGGAGAAGGCACAGGAGACGGGGGCUUCUGAGCAGCAGCAACAGCAGCAAGAGCAGCAAGAGCAGCAGCAGCAAGCAACCACCGUCAGCAGCAACAGCAGCGGCGGCGUGGAAGAGAUGGUGUUGCUGCCUCCUCCCCAGCAGCCUAGAGGAGUUUCUACAGAAGAGAUGCCUCAAGAGCAGCAACCAGGGCACACCGAAGCGGUGCCAGGGGCACAGGGCGACUCGCAGCCAGUGCAGCAGCAGCAGCAGCAAAAGCAGCAACAGCAACAGCAGCAAGAGGAGCCGGCGAUGAACCGCUUGCAGACUGGGCGAACUGAGCGCAGCCGCAGCAGCAGUCCUUACAGCCCGUUAACAAUGGCAGGGGAAGGGACAGCAGCAGCAGCAGCAGCAGACGCCUCGGCAGCAACAGUAGCAGCAGAAGAAACCUCAGCAGCAGCGACUGACGCUGCAGCAGGGGAAGAUAUGUGUGCAGCCAGAAGCUGCACGAGUACACCUGGGCUGUGGCAGCUGUCUGCAGCAGCAGCAGCAGCAGUAACGCGAAUUAGGAGGGCUUCCACUGGAGAGUUGCUGCCGAGAAGCAGCAGGCAGCAGCAGCAAGUGGCUGACAACGGAGUGCCCAUGUCAGUACUACCGCGCUUCAAAGACGAAUCCAGUGAAGAGCAGCAAGAGCAGCAGCAGCAAGAGCAGCAGCCGCAAGAGCAGCAGCCGCAAGAGCAGCAGCCGCAAGAGCAGCAGCCGCAAGAGCAGCAGCAGCAAGAGCAGCAGCCGCAAGAGCAGCAGCAGCAAGAGCAGCAGCAGCAAGAGCAGCAGCAGCAGCAGCAGGUCGAUGGGCAGCAACAAGAGGGAGGAGGAGAGGGGUCUAGGACCUCAGAAUCCGCCCCGCAGGGGGCACGGAGGGAUCAAGAGGUGUACGUACAGCCCACAGGGUACUACUGGCCCCACAUGCCCUAUGCAGCAGCAGAAAGCCCGCAGCAGCAGCGACAGUGGAGGCAGCAGCACUUGCUGCAGCAGCAACUCUGGCAGCAACACCCCUGGCAGCAUCCCUAUUGGCAGCAGCAGCAGGAAGUGCUGCGCAGGCACCAAUGGCAGCAGCAGCAGCAGCAGCAGGACUCCGAGCAGCAGAGGCCGCUGAGCGCAGCAGCAGCGGCUGGGACCCCCGAAGCAGGCUAUGAGAGCAGCCAGCACGCAGCAGCAGCAGCAGCUGCUGCUGCUGCUCACCGCCAGAUGCAGCACCAUUUUUAUAUGCAGCAGCUGCACUAUUACCAGCAGCAGCAGCUGAGACUUACUGGGCAGCUACCGAGGGGCUCGGAAGACGCAGCAGCAGCGACAGCAGCAGCAGCAGCAGCAGGUCUUUUGGGGUUCCCUCCCUUCCUGCCCUACUGGAUGCUUCAUCCCGCCCUCAUGCACAUGCAUGCAGAGAUGCCGUUGUUGCAGCAGCAGCAGCAGCAGGAGUACCUGCGCACGCAAAGCCACGAACAAGACCUGCAGCAGCGGCAGCAGCAGCAGCAGCAGCGCAUGGGUCGCAGGCCUGCGAGUGCACUUGGGCCGCAGCAGAGUCACAGGGGGAGCAUGGGGCAGGAGCGGCUGCGUCUUUCUCCGGAGAGAGGGCUUGAGGGUGGAGGCGUUGCUGCUUCUGCUGCUGCUGUCUCUGCUUCUGCUGCUGCUGCACCUGCUGCUGCUGCUGCAGGUACGGAAGGCUUCGCAGUGCGCUCGGGGCCUGCAACAGUGAAGACAGAACUGAGGAAGGAGGCAGCAGUAUUUACUCCCAGCAGCAGCAGAUUCCAGGCCCUUCUUUCGAGCAAGGCAGAGGGGCUGCAGGACUCUGCUGCAGACGCACAGCAACAGCAGCAACAGCAGCAGCAGCAGGGACACCACGCACAAGAUCAGGGCGGCACGGAAGGGGCAGAGACAGGCGCCCGCAGUGAGUCUGCCAAGUCCCCCAGCAGCCGCAGAAGCAGCAGCCCAGACCUGCAGCAGCAGCAGCAACAGCAGCAGCAGCAGCAAGACGAACAGCAGCAAGAACAGCAGCAGCUUGAAACGUGCACAGGGAAGGGGGACUCCGCAGAGACGCUUCCCGCGGACUUGGCUACCCAGCCAGAGCAGCAGCAGCAGCAGCAGCAGCAGCAGGAUGAUGAGCAGCGGGAACAGCAGAAACAGCCGGAAGAACACACCAAGCGCCCCGAUGAGGAGCAGCAGCAGCAGCAGCAGCCGCAGGGAGACUCAUGUGAACAGGAAAAGCAAACAGCUCCCGCUUCAAGGGCCCCACAGAAUGAGGCGAGCAGCCGCUCGUACGAGCAGCGAGAGCAGCAGCAGCAGCAGGAGCAGCAGGAGGAGCAGGAGCAGCAGCAAGAUGAACAGCAGCAGUGGUACGCAGGCUCCUAUGCACAGCAGCCGCACCCACCCCACAUCGCCGCUGCUCCUCAUCUGUACCCGCAUCUGCAUCCGCGCGUGUUGCUGGAGUUGCAUCAGCAAGCAGCAGCAGCAGCAGCAGAUCCUCAAACCCCGCUAGGGUACGCUCCUGGUAUGCUGCCCUCCCCAGGAGGUGGCUGGAUGCCCCUGUCGCAGCCUGCUAGCCUUAUGCUGUAUCAGCAGCAGUUGCUGCAGCUGCAGCAGCAAGCUGCUGCUGCAGCAGAGCAGCAGGGUUUGCAGUACCCAAUGCAGGGCGACGACAGGCGCAGCUCGCAGCAGCAGCAGGGCCGGUGGCACCGAGGGAGCGGUGGGCGCCAGCAGCAGCAGCAGCAGCAGCGGCAGUGGGGCUCUCAUCCUUUUAUGGUGUGGGUCCCUGGUAUAGGGCUGACGCCCUGGGUGCCGGGGCCUUUCGGGACAUUGAGGGAGCAACAGGAGCAGCAGCUGCAGCAACUGCAGCAGCUGCAGCAACUGCAGCAGCUGCUGCAUCCGGGGGCAGCGGAGCAGUGGAACGGAAUGGAUGCUGCUGCUGCAGCAGCUGCAGCGGGGUGGGGCUGCAGGGGUGCGGGUACGGCCUCUGGAGAGAACCCAGCAGCAGCAGCAGCAGCAGCAGCAGGAGACUUUGGGUACUCUAGGUGGGAAUCUGGGCGGAGCCAUCGGCGCAGCGAGAGAGAGGCAGAGUUCAGGAGUGACGGCGCGCUGCAGCAGCAGCAGCAGCAGCAACAGGUGUAUGAACAGCAUAUGGCUGCUGCUGGCGCUCUGGGCGCAUGGCAGCACCACUUGCUGUACGGGAGCCCGCAGCAGCAGCAGCAGCAGCAAAACAGAAGAGCUGCUGGGCCUCAUGGGGAUAUGAGGUCUUCUCAGCGUCUCCGGGGGCAGCAGGAGCG